GACGCGCCGCCAGGGGGGAGGAGACGCAACGCGACGGCAGCUGAAGAUGGCGGAGGGGAAGGAGCCGAAUAACAAGUGGGUUCGGCUCAAUGUCGGCGGCACGCACUUCCUCACAACCCGGCAGACCCUGUGCCGCGAGGAGAAGUCCUUCCUCUACCGCCUGUGCCAGGAGGAGGGCGAGCUGCUGUCCGACCGGGACGAGACGGGGGCCUACCUGAUUGACCGGGAUCCCACCUAUUUUGGACCAAUAUUGAAUUAUCUCCGACAUGGCAAACUUGUUGUCAACAAGGAACUGGCAGAGGAAGGAGUUCUAGAAGAAGCAGAGUUUUACAACAUUGCACCUCUCAUUAAAUUAGUGAAAGAGAAGAUCAAAGAGCGAGAUUGCAAACCCACACAGAUUCCUACGAAACAUGUUUACCGAGUUCUCCAGUGUCAGGAGGAAGAGCUUACACAAAUGGUUUCUACUAUGUCUGAUGGCUGGAAAUUUGAACAGUUGAUCAGCAUUGGAUCUUCCUACAACUACGGAAAUGAAGACCAAGCGGAGUUUCUAUGCGUCGUUUCCAAGGAGCUGCACAACACCACCAACGGGAUAAGCUGUGAACCAAGUCGAAAAGCUAAGGCAGGAAAAGGCGGACUUCAUUCACUCUGCUUCAAGAUUGCAGAGUGCAAGAAGAGUCUACGAAACAUUUUAGUCGUAGUAACGUGCAACCUCGUGGCCUCAGCGAAUCUCUCAGCAUCAAACCGAGGGUCCAGCUGUCGAAGAUGCAGAACAAUCUAAAAACAAGUCGUUGAACUGGGGGGUAGCAUGGACAAUGUGUGCUAAUGCAGUGUUAACCUUGGCUAAAGGAGUACCGCUGAACCCAGCUGUACCGCCACGUGCAAUCAUAAAUAGUGGUGGACAAUCCAAAGCUAAUGGGAGGAGGCUUCACUGAUGUCUCCAUCAAUCACGUUGGCAGAUUAGCGCACACAAGCGGCCAAAAUAACGAGUUCCAUCUCAACCUUCUGCUCCCACUGAAACACGCUAACAUUUUGGUCAGAAAAAGCCUGAACAACUCAGCGAGUCAGACUUCUCCUCGUAACCUUUGACACUCUUGACAAUCAAGUACCUAUCCUCGGUUUAAACCAGCAUCUGCAGUUCCUUCCUACAAAGAAUGUAGCUUUGACUAAUAUGAACCAGAGAGUAAAUUCCUGAGGUGAAAGUUUCUGCCCGGAGAGAAACCAAGGCAGCAUCUCGCCAAGUGUGGCAUUGUGGAGCCCUGCUAAAAUAGGACUGGACGACAAUGAAGGGGGAAAUCGCACCGGUGUCUGGCGUUGUAGAUUGUAGAAAAGCAGGUGUCUGAAAGUGAGACUAAUCUAAGACUAUACAAGGAUUAUGCUGAAAUAUUCAAUGGAAUUCAAGUUGGAGGAACAGAAUUAGGCCGUUUGGCCCAUCAAGUCUACUCCACCAUUCAAUCAUGGUUGAUCGAUCUUUCCCUCUCAACCCAAUUCUCCUGCCUUCUCCCCAUAGCCCCUGACACCUGUACUACUGAUCAAGUUGACGGGUGUGCGGGUAGCAAAGGAAGAUGGAUUUUAUAUGGAGGGUUUGCUUUGAAUUUGCUGAACGGUGGGGCAGGUUUAUAACCUGUAUAGCGUGCUCUUGCUCUCAAAUGUAACGAGGGUGGGCGGAGAAAAAGAUAUCUUCAAUUUAUUUUUAAGAGCUUGUAACGACAUGGAGAUCUGAAACAUCGAUUUCUCCUCCAUCUGAUCACAUCUCUACCAUUUAUGUCACUAGUAAUAGAAGUUGCCACUACCAUCCCCUCCAAAACUGGGUGCAUGGAUGAUCGCCCGACCCUGCAUUGCUUUGAUUGCCUGGUCUCCAUUCACCAGAUUGCCCAUGGACCAUUGAGGCGUUUGACAGUGGCACUCCACCAUUCAAUCAUGGCUGAUCUAUCUUUCCUUCUAACCCCCAUUCCCCUGCCUUCACCUCAUAACCCCUGACACCCGUUCUAAUAAAUAAAAAUCUGUCAAUCUCCCCCUUAAGAAUAUCCAUUGACUUGGCCUCCACAGCCUUCUGUGGCAAUGAACUACACAGAUUCACCACCCUCUGACUAAAGAAAUCCCCUCUCAUUCUCCUUUCUAACGGUGCAUCCUUUUAUUCUGAGGCUAUGGCCUCUGGUCCUAGACUUUCGCAAACUGUCCAUAUCCACUCUAUCCAGGCCUUUCACUAUUCGGUAAGUUUCAAUGAGGUCCCCCCCCUCAUCCAUCUAAACUCCAGUGAGUACAGGUACAGAAUGGGUCACAGGGAAACUUUGGUGGGGGAAUGGAUUGUUCUGUGAGCUGAUGUGAACUCCUGGCCGAAUGGAGACAGUCCCAUGUUGUAAGGAAAAAAUGAAACUUGUGGAAAAUGUUUUGCAAACUGUAAAAAAAAAAAAAAAAAAAAAAAUGAUUGGCUGCUUAAUCUGUAGUCAUUUCUUUUCUGUUUGACAUUUGAACCCUUGUGCAUGCUGCAUGCUGGACAAAAGGGCGAGGACGAGGAAGCUGAUUGUGAUAUGAAUGACGGGGAAUAAAAUGUAACGUACACAGUGGUGAGAACUGAUAGUGACUUAGCAGGAGCUGGUGGUGGGAUCAUUUCUGCAUUGCCGUGUAGUGAAUCUAAUGGCCAUACGCCGCAGAGCAUGUGUAAAGCAAAGCCUGGUUUAGCCUCUGGGUGAAUGAGUAGACCCUUAGUAGGUGCGGAUGGGAGCUGCACUCUUGUUUGACUGCUUUGUGCACAAGACUAGUGUGGGUGAGUGCAUGUUUCCUGACUGUGUUCACUCACAGACCCCAUUGUGAGUGUGUCUCUGUACCCGUGUUGAUCUUUGGUCAUAAGGAAUACGAGUAGAAUUAGAAUUCGGCCAUUCGGCCCAUCAGGCCUACUCCGCCAUUCAAUCAUGGCUGACCUAUCUCUCCCUCCUAACUCCAUUCUCCUCCCUUCUCCCCAUAACCUCUGACGCCCGUACCAGUCAGUUUCCGAUGCCUUUCCUUCUCUGUUCAAUUCAUUCGGAUAAUUCUGGCUUGGUUUUGAUCUCAUCUACAGGUCAGCAGCCAGAUAUCUGAGACAACUUUCUCGCUCCCCUUCCUCCCUCGACACCUGGCACGGUAGAGCUGCUGCCUCACAGCGCCAGAGACUCGGGUUCGAUCCUGACUUCGGGUGUUGUCUGUACGGAGCUUUUGCAUUCUCCCCGUGACCUGUGUGGGUUUUCUCUGGUUUUAUCCGUAAUCUGGAUCGAGCUGGGUCUCAGGCGGCAACUCUACCGUAUGCGGCCAGUUCCUCGUGUCUACCAUUUAAUGUGUUGUGCUUCACGUGCUCGAUGGGAAGACUGAAAUCUGGCUUCAGCUACCACUAAUUCUAGUCCUUCCUGGCCACUAUCAGCUUGAAGCAGUCUAUUCUCAAGCUGAGUCUCCACCACUGUAUGAUUCUCUUCCAUUUACCUCUGCCUCCAUCCUUAUUGAAGGCUCCAUCUAUGCCCCCUAUGUCACCCCCAAGCUUGGCCAUUCCAAUACUCUCCAGGCCCGUGUUUCGUUCCUCACCCUUUGGGUACAAAACGUUUGAACCUGUGCUGUUUGCAUCCUUUCCCUCACCAACCUUCUCCUUCACUCCAGUCUCUAGAGUUUAAAUAUAGCCAGACCCCCCCAUCCACUCUACCCGGGUGACUCUCACAGUAUGGAGCCACUGUGUCCUGAGUGUUGUUUUCUAUAACAUGAACCCACUUUAUAGGUCAUGUCUCACUGUUGCGUGUGUGGUUGCCUGCAACCCUGGUCUGGUGUGCAUCUUCAAAGUCUGGCUGCCUUCCCAUGGGCAUGUGUGGUGCACAGCAGUGGUGUGUUUAUCUUUAGUAUUUAGAAGACUUGCUCAGUGUGCCUGGGUGAGUGUGCGCGUGCCUGAGUGUGGCACCCUCUUCUAGUAUCAAUGAUACACUUCCCCCUUACGAUGGGUGUGCAUUCUCUUAUCCGCGUAUGUACCUCUGCAGUGCUUGUAGAACAGUGCUCCUCUCCCUGAAUUAGUGCUCUGCUGUGCACACGUGUAGGUUUAGAGCUACACUAGCCAGUCUUGUGUUCUACUGCCACACAGGUGUGACAGUCUCUAUGCAAUUCCCGUGUGUGUGUGUGUGUCUCAGUAGCUACAUAGUCGCUUUGCAUGUAUCUGCCUCUUACUGUGUGUAUUUUUGUGAUUUAUUUGAUCUCUCUUUAAUCUCUGUGGAAGUUCUGAACAUGAGAAUGCAGGCACCGUGUGCAUUUAAGAAUCAGGAAGAUUGUGAAUUGAGGAGACCUCAAUUGUGAAUUAGAUAUUAUUUUACCUACUUUCGAUUAAAGUUGGCAUGAAUCGUGUGUUUCUUCUUGUGAGAUAGCGUGUUUUGUACCAGAAAUAGAAUCAUCUCACUCCUCAUCUGUAUAUUUUAUCCUUUAUGCAAUAAAGCGGCUUGUAUUUGAA